GCCCUGCGUCUUUAGCUUCUGGUGUCUGAGAGGAGAAAGAUGUAUCGAUUCCGUUCACAGGCAUCCACGGGGAUUUCUACCGCCGCUGCAGCUUUGCUUAUCGCCCGCUUCCCUCAAUCCUAUCUGCUGCCUCGGUCCGGGAAGCCGGCUUCUGAAAGACAUUCCUAUAGUAAAAAGCGCUCCUGGUCUUCCAUCGGCUGAUUGUCACUGCUGCCCGACGAAGGGGAGAAAGUAAAACCAGAGACGGGAGAACCUCUGUGCCGAAGCGCCAGUAGGAGCCGCGCGGAGAUACAACUACCGUUGUAGGCCGCUGCCAUGCCCAAAUCUAAGCGGCGAGGAGGAGGGGGUACCUCGCGCGGAAGAUCAGGUGCCCAGCACAGAAACAUGCAACCUUUUAGUGAUGAAGAUGCAUCAGUUGAAACUAUGAGCCACUGCAGUGGCUUCAGUGAUCCUGCCAGCUUCAAUGAGGAUGGAACUGAGAUUGAUGACGAAGCAACCCAAGAGAACUUGGAAUAUAAAUUGAAAGGGUUUAUUGACUUGACUUUGGACAAGAGUACAAAGACGAGGCAGUCCGCUCUUGAUGGUCUGAAAAGUGCUUUGACAUCAAAAAUGCUAUACGAGUUCAUCCUGGAAAGGAGAAUAACACUCACAGACAGUAUUGAACGUUGUAUCAAGAAAGGCAAGGGUGACGAACAGUGUGCAGCUGCAGGACUGGCUUGUCUGCUCUGCAUACAGUUGGGGUCAGGAAUUGAAAGUGAGGAAGUCUUUAAAACCCUUGCACCUCUCCUAAAGAAAAUACUCUGUGAUGUCUCAGCAAAUAUGAAAGCUAGGCAAGCUUCUGCUACCUGUUUAGGGGUUUGUUGCUUUAUUGCUACUGAUGAUAUCACGGAAUUAUAUUUGACUAUGGAAUGCUUGGAAAGUAUAUUCAAAAAAUCCUACCAGAAAGAGAGAAAUCAAAAUGGUACUUCCAGCACUCAUAACACAGGUCUUUAUAUAAGCGCUCUCUUGGCAUGGACCCUUCUGUUGACCAUCUGCCCAAUGAAUGAAGUGAAGAAAAAGCUUGAAGGACAUUUGCAUACAUUUCCUAGCCUGCUGUCCUGUGAUGAUGUAAAUAUGAAGAUUGCUGCUGGGGAAACAUUGGCUGUUUUAUUUGAACUUGCAAGAGAAUCUGAUGAGGAUUUUUUUUAUGAGGAUAUGGAGCUCCUAACACAGAAAUUGAAGGCCCUGGCUACAGAUGGAAAUAAGCAUCGUGCGAAAGUAGACAAAAGGAAACAGCGAUCGGUCUUCAGGGAUGUCUUGCAAACUAUAGAGGAACACGACUUUCCCACAGAGACAGUCAAGUUUGGACCAGAGCGCAUGUACAUUGACUGUUGGGUUAAAAAGCAAACAUACAAUACUUUCAAGGAAAUUUUAGGAUCAGGAAUGCAGUAUCAUUUACAGUCCAAUGAGCUCCUCCGGAAUAUCUUUGAACUUGGUCCACCACUGAUGCUUGAUGAGGCAACCCUUAAGACCAUGAAGAUAAGCCAUUUUGAAAGGCAUCUGUACAACUCCGCAGCAUUCAAAGCUCGGACUAAGGCUCGGAGCAAAUGCCGUGAUAAAAGGACAGAUGUGGAUGAAGUGUUCUAGAACAAGUCUUCAAAGCCCUUUAACGUGGUUUUUUUUGUUGUUGUUGUUAAAUAUAAUUCUUGUUUGGGUACAGUUAAUUGCAGUGUACAGAGUUAAAUAAUCUUUUUAAUUGUGUCAGUUCCAUAUUUUGUACACCACUUGAUGUUUGUUAAACUGACUUGUAUAGUAUAGUAUAAAUGAGGUAGGAUGGUAGGAGAGAAUUUCCUGAUAAAUAUAUUGGGUAAAAAUCAACUUUUUACUUAGAAAAAUACUUAAUAUUCAACUAGUUCUGAGGAUACUCCUGAUUCAAUUUUUUUAAUCUAAUGAAAUCUUAAGAAGUACAUUAUUUGGAGAUCAGUGUCCCUUGGUAAAAGCUGCUAUUUGACAACUAGUUACACAUUUUAAAAAUAAAUAUCCAAUUUAUUAUAGUGACAUCAGCAUACUAGGGUAAUAUUAUCAAAUUGGUUCUUAAUUGGUGUUGGCUGGGCUUUUCCACUUGUUUAGCCUAUAGUCAGCCACCAAAAAAGUUGCAUGAGCAAAAAAGGAAUUUUUUUUUAAACUGCAAAAUGAUAAAAGGCUAUCAUAUAUAUGUGCUCUAUAUUAGGUUUUAGACCUUUUGGGUGUGUCUCAUUUGGGAGGGAUAAUCAGAAAGUAGCUGAAAGAGAAUCAUUUGAAACAAUGUUUUACUAUUUUCAAAUAAGUGUGGGUUGAAACAUUUACUAUUAGCAGAGGAUGCUAUAUAGGGCACGUCAUUCAAUGGGGUGAAAAUUUUUGCAAUUUUUGUCAGGGGUUCUAAAAAUACGUGUUUUUACACUAAAAAUUCUAAUCUUAUUUUUGCAAUUAUACAAUGUUUAGCUUGGUAUGGUAAACCCACGUCUGAUCAUAUACCCCACAAAAGCCUCUCGUAAACCAAAUAGUGUUAACUUUAUCUUCUCAACAUUACAUCUUCUACCACAAAAAGUAAAGUUUUUUUCUGAAUGAAUCUUAUCUAGCUAAGCAAAAUAGAAUCCAUGUAAUCAUAAACUAACCAGAAAGCAAUUAUCUGAGUUACAAAAAUGUUUAAAUGAGUUUAAUCAAGUUCUUGUUUUGAUUUGUUCUUCAAUAUCAGCUGUUCACUUGCUUCUUGGCUUCUGAUAUAUCCCUUGAUUUUCUCAUGUUUAUACACUCUGCUUACUGCCUCUGACCUGUUUCACACAUAUCUAUUGAUUGGGCAUGAUGGGGCCGCUGUGGUACUUGCAUUAGUUCAUCAAUGAGCUGCUUUAUUUCUGUUGUAGUCAAUUUGCACGUCAAGGUGGCUUUAUACACCUUCACAUCAGUCAAUCAGAGUGGAUACUCUGCUGCAGCUCUGAAUGCAAGGUGUUUUUCUUGUACAUACAGAAAAAUCUACCAGCGCGUCUGCACCCCUCUAAUCAAUUAUCUUUUGCACACCAGCUCUUGAAUGUCAUCUGAACACAAGAGUGUCUGGAUUAUCAUUUCACUGAAAGUGUAUCAUGCUGAGCGCUGAAUAGUUGGCAAAACAGCAUCCAAUAGAGCUUUCUUUUGCAGUCUGACUUGCUGCAGCUGGAACAACACAUGACACUGGUCUUCAAUCCAGGAACGUUUCACUUUUAUGUUGAACCAGCAAGGGUAGUACACACCAAUGAUGUAUUCCACUAUCAUUCCUAUGUUUUGCCUUUAAAGCCAUGUUUUGAAAACCAUA